AGUUUAGCUCACACAAAUUCUAACAUUCCAGAUCUCAAAUUGCCCGGAAACGCUGCUAUACGCAAACGCGUAACGCAUGAUUUCAACUUUGGAUAAGUCACGGUUUUAGUUCGUCGACUCUAAGUUGUGCAGGUUAUUGCCAAAGGAAAGAUGAAUAGCAUCGUGGGGCGUUUAGCAAUUUAUGCGGUCUUCUUUUUGGUUCCGGUUCUUGGAAAACCAGUUGAGAAAUCAGAAUGGAUAGAACUAUCUUACCCGUUCAACAAUGAGACCAUCUACUGGCCGACAGCAGUGAGUUUCAAGCACACCUUGGUGUUCGAAAAUUACACUUCUGGUGGGUUUUACUACGCUUCAUACGAUAUCAGCGCCUCCGAACACGGUGGCACCCAUAUUGAUGCACCAAGGCAUUUUGCUGCCGGAAAAUGGACGGCAGACCAAAUACCACUUCAUCACCUCAUUGGGCCAGCAAUAAAAAUUGAUUUAUCUUCCAAAGCUGAUCAGAACGCUGACUACGAGAUGACACCAAGCGACUUACAGGAAUGGGAAAAGAAACACGGCAAGAUCCCAGAUAAUGUGAUUUUGCUAGCAUUUUUCGGUUGGGGAAAACAUUGGCCGAAUAAGACAAUGUAUCUAGGAACUGAUCUCAAAAACACCUCCCUGCUGCAUUUCCCAGGAAUACACCCCAACGCUUCUAGUUGGUUGGUUAAGAAUCGCAAAGUCAAGAUGGUUGGUAUAGAUACCCCAUCCAUAGAUUUCGGACAGUCCAAGAUGUUCAAAACGCAUCAAAUCCUGUAUGCAGAGAACAUUCCUGGCCUUGAAAAUGUCGCCCACAUGGAUAAAUUGCCUACGAAAGGUUUCACUGUGUAUGCAGCACCUAUGUUUAUUUCCGGCGGAAGUGGAGGGCCUUGCCGGAUUUUUGCUCGUUUGGAAGACCGUGCGACGAGUGCUGACGUAAGGUUCCAGGUCGAGGUUGAGGUUUUGGCAAUAAUGAUUUGCCUGUUGUUUGGAUUUUUGUCACUUUAAGAGCCAAAGCACCAGCAGCAGCUGUGACAACGUCUUGAAUUCGAAAAGAAUGCAAGGAAUUAAAUCAUAGUUCAAAUAGCUCAAAUAAAGUAAAACAAAAAGUUG